AUGGCAAGAAGUGAAUUUACUAACGAGUUAAGAAGGAUGCCUUAUAAACAGGUUGAAGAGAUUCUUUCUGAUAAGAAAAUGGCUAUCUUAAGAAUGCGAAACAAUGAAAAACGUGAUGAAGUUAAGAUUAGUGCCGAAUGGAUUCAAACUAAAAGAGAUAUUGCUCGAUGUUUAACUAUUUUAACGGAAAAGCGUCGUAAUGAGAUAGCUGAAGAGUACAUGACUGUUGAUGAAGUGACUGGAGAGAAAGUUUCAGUUGCUGAUAAGUGCAAGCCAAAGUUCUUAAGAAAGAAGCAGCCUCGUUGUGCCCGAGUUAACAUGCCAAAGGAGAUGUUAGAGCGAUUUGCCCAGAACAAGAGCCGAUUGCGCCGCAAGGUAGUUGUCUUUACCCCCUAA